CUGUCAUGUUCGUCCAUCGCAUCUUGGCUGUCGCUGCCCGCACCCCGCGCUUCUCACUUGCUGGAGCACGUGCGCUCCACGUCGAAGCGUCUAAGGCUUCGAUCACGGACGCCAUCUCAAAGGAGAAGGUGCUCGUGUUCUCCAAGACCCACUGCCCUUACUGUGCGCGCGUCAAGGGAACGUUGGAUGUGCUGGACGCCAAGUACGAGGUGGUGGAGCUGGACACGCGUGAUGACGGUGCCGAUAUCCAGUCGCUGCUGCUGGACAUCACAGGCCAGCGCACCGUGCCCAACGUCUUCAUCAAUGGCAAGCACAUUGGCGGCUGCGACGAUGUCUUGACGCUGCACACAAAGAGCGAGCUGGUGCCUAUGCUCGAAAACUAAGCUGAGGACUAUAAACUGCGCUGUAGAACAUGUUGAUCUAACUAAACAUGUGCAUUUGCCAAAGCUUUA